GCUUGAGGAGGCAAAGCAUCAGUACUGAUACCGAGGGCUUUGGAAAGUGACGGAAGGCCAGAUGUAGGGUGUCCACGGGACGAUACAGAGUUUAUUUGAUCGUUUUUGACAAGUAGACCAAAGAUUUACUUUACGGGUCAAGAUGCUUUGUCAUAUUACUCGUCCGGAUUCAGUGGUUAUGGAAGUAGAAGUUGAUUCGAAGGCAAACGGAGAGGACUGUCUGAACAAGGUAUGUCGGAAGUUGGGUAUUAUCGAGGUGGACUACUUCGGGCUGCAGUUCACCGGGGCCAAAGGCGAGAAGCUGUGGCUGAAUCUUCGGAACCGGAUCGGCCAGCAAAUGGAUCAUCUGACACCGUGCAGGCUGAGGCUCAGAGUCAAGUUCUUCGUAGAGCCUCAUCUCAUCCUUCAGGAGCAGACUAGGCACCUGUUCUUCCUGCACGUGAAGGAGGACCUGCACCGCGGGCACCUGCGCAUGUGCUCUGAGCGGGCGGAGGAGCUGAGCGCCCUGCUGGCACAGGCCGAGUUCGGAGACCACAACCACAACACCGCCAAGUACUGCUACAGCGAGCUCACCGGCCACCAGCCCUGCCAGACCACCGUCGACAGCAUCGUGUCCAGGCACCAGGCGUUGGCGGGCCAGAGUGCGGCGGCGGUGGAGUACCAGGCCCUGCAGCUGGUGGCGUCUCUGGAGCACUAUGGCGUGGAGUGGCACUGGGCGCGUGAUGCCCACGGCUGCAUGCUCGCCAUCGGAGUGGGCCCGGACGGCAUCGCCAUCUGCAAAGACGACUUCAGCCUCGUCAACAGAGUGGCUUACCCCGUGAUCCAGAUCGCCACUCAGUCAGGCAAGAGUGUGUACCUGACGGUCACCAAGGAGAUGAGUGACAGCGUGGUGCUGCUCUUCAAACUCAUCAGCAGUCGAGCAGCCAGUGGGCUGUACAGAGCCAUCACCGAAACACACGCCUUCUACAGGUGCGACACGGUGACGAGCGCGGUGAUGAUGCAGUACAGCCGCGACUUCAAGGGCCACCUGGCGUCGCUCUUCCUCAACGAGAACAUCAACCUGGGCAAGAAGUACGUCUUCGACAUCCGCCGCACCUCCAAGGAGGUGUACGACCAGGCGCGCCGCGCGCUCUACAACGCCGGCGUGGUGGACCUGAGGCCCCUGCCCUGCUCCUCCACCCCCCCGCCGCCGCCGCGCUCUCCCCUGGGCCGCCAGCAGGGGCCGCCAGACUGCGGCGGCUGCGUGGAGAGCCGCGAGCUGCAGGAGCGGCUGAGGAAGCUGCGGGAGGCGCUGUUGUGCAUCCUGUGCUGCGAGGGCCAGAUCGACGCCGCCUUCUGCCCCUGCGGUCACAUGGUCUGCUGCCAGGGAUGUGCCGCGCACCUGCAGCUGUGCCCGGUGUGUCGGUCGGAGGUGGAGCACGUCCAGCACGUCUACCUGCCCACCUGCACCAGCCUGCUGAGCCUGACGCUCGGAGGGUCUCCUGGCAGCCCCGCGCCCAUCCCCCGCCACCUGCACGCGCCCACCUGUCCCGAGCAGGACUACCCCGCCGACGACAAGCUCUGCCACACGUGAACCGCAGCUGACCACAACUGCCCACUGAAGACCAGCACAGCAGUGGUUCUCAAAACGUUUCACGAUGAGUACUGUUUUACCACAACUCACCACUGAAGACCAGCGAUACCACUCGUCAGCAAUAGCCACCACUGACCAGCUGUACUAUACAGCAUUAGCCACCGCUGGAGAGACCAGCUGCACUUAGCAUCAGUAGUGACCACUUCUGGAGACCAGCUCUGAUAUACUUCAGUAGUGUCCACUACUUGGGACCAGCUGUACUUUAGCAUCAGCAAAUGAACCAAAACACAGCAGUGUGUGUCCACUCUCACACACACACACUACCACACACACGAGAAGACUCCAGUGGCUCUCCUUUGGCUGUCAGUAGGACAUCAGCGUCCGCCAGUUCGAGUGUCCCAGUUCUCACGACGAGCGCGCGUGAUCAGAUGCGUCCAGCGGGCAUGUGCUGGGUCGUGUGCUGUUGACCUCCCGGCGGUCGUGCUAUUCCACUGUCCGGCACGGGUCAUUAACUCCCGGCUCCGCUCGGCUGGUUUGUGUCCACAGAUGUCAGCGGUCAGGAGUCCAGUCCCUGUUUUAAUGAGUGAUGCGUAACGUGUCUCUUAACCGCGUCCAUCAGUUGAUCUGAUGACCACUCGCGUUGUUGUUGUUGUUUUGGCUCCUCUACGGAGCGCAGAUUAGAAUUAACCGAUAUUUUUGGCUCCGAGCCUGACACUUUUGUAUGAGAGGAAAGAGAACAGACCACUUGAUUUAUUUUAAGAAGUAGCUCGUUUUUAUUUAUCUGAAUUUUAAUGAUAUCUAUAUUAUCUAUAUAUCUAUAUAUUUUCUAAUAUUGUAUCCACGUUCAGUGUGUUGUUCAUUUGAAGUGGAAUGGCUUGCAGAAAUGUUGCUGUUGUUUUUGUCUGUCGAUAUAAGGAUACCCGCUCUGCAGAGAGGCAUUAUGGGAAAGUGGGUGGAGCCCAGGGGCGUGGUGUGGGUGCUGAAGAGGAGGGGCCUUAGAGUUCCACUGCAGGGGGCCACACCCCCUAAGGCCUGUGAUUGGACAGAUCCACACUCUCCUAGGCCUGUGAUUGGACAGAUCCACACUCUCCUAGGCCCGUGGUUUGACGGUUGUUUUUUGUUGUCCAAGGACCACUAGACGAUCCGAGUGUGCUGUGCCGUGCUGACCACUAGAUGAUCUGACUUUUGAAAGCUUUAGUGUUUUACUGUUGUCACUAUUAUAACUCUUAAACAUGAAAGAUUCUAUAAAAUUACACUGUCACUUUAUGAAGUUCCCCAAGUGUAUUAUAUGUAGGAAUUUGCCUUAAUGUAGCAUACACGGUGUGUCCAGGAUGCAUUCUUCCUUUUGCACAGAUUUUUAGCGAGAAGACGACGACGAUGAUCAUGAAGACUAAAUUAGUUUUUAUUUGCUGCUCAUGCAGUUUUUGCAGGGGAUGGUUUUAUAUGAGUAGGAUUUGUUUCUGUUUGUUUGAAGCAAAAACUAUGCUGUGGAAAUGUAAAUAUAACCUUGGAUCGUUUUAUAUUUCUUUGAAUGACCAGAGAUAUUAAUAAAGCUUACUGUUUGUUUUUAAA